AUGUCCCUAGACACACCUGAUCCUGCUGAUGUGGUUGUGCCAGUUCCUGGAAUCCAGCAUGCAGUUGCCAUUGAUUUUGAUCCAGUGGAUAAGUUUAUUUAUUGGAGUGACGUCGAGGCUUUUGAAAUCAAAAGAGCGAAAACGGAUGGGACAGGUAUUUAUUGGAUGUGGAUGUCAAAUUUUGACGCUUUUUCUUCAUGAAACAUGGUUAUUAGUUUAGUUUUCCCCACUUUUUUCUACCAAUGUUCCCUAUAAACCAGAAUUUUUUUACAAGUUUCAUGUACUUCUGAAUCAAUUAGUGUGCAUCCACGACUGCUGGAACACUGUAAAUUACAAAGAUCUGUUUUAGCCCUAAAAAAGGGGCUGUUUCGGUGAGUAAAAUAAUAUACAGUCCUGUUUUUGAGUCUAAUUUGGCUCCCUUGAAUCAGGGCCAAUACAGUCCGAUUACCUACUGCUGAUUUGGACCUAAGAGCUGAAAUGGGUCCCAUCUUGAGCUGGAAUAGCCUUUUGACUGGGCUGUUUUGGCUUAAAUGGUGCUCAAAUGGCUCCAGGAGGGGCUGAAUCAGACUUGCCUGCAGGGUUGGGGCUGAAAUAGAUCAAUGAACAAUUUAUCCAACCAGCUGUAUUUGUUAUUGUUCAACUUUUUUUUAUAGUUACAUUUUAAUUCCACCAGUUUUUGAUAAGCUAGUCUGCUGGGCUUUUUCGAUUUUAAAAAGGCGUAUGUGAAAGACUCUUGUUCUUUACAGCUUAGUGGUACACUUGGCAGUUUUUGAUUUUUCCAGAGCUCUCGGAGGGUAGAUGUCAUUCCAUAGAAUGUCAAAGGGCAAACCUUUGUAUAAUACUUUGUUUCAAAUUCUGUUGGUGACAAGAAAGUACUUGGUUGUUCCUUAACGAUUUGAUCCACCUGAGAAAUGCCCAUUUGAUACCAACUUUUAUAGUAGACCGGUUUGUCCAUAACUCUAAUCAAAGAAUUAUACCACAGGCUUUGUGUGAGGAAGGACUCUACCGUUUCUAUUGAACCUUGAUAGUUUAAUCCAGACCAUAUCUCGAGAAUCUCUUUCAGAAAGGGACUAAGAUUGUUAGCAAGCUUCUUCGAGUCUUUUAUUUCAAGGUUGCCCCUAAAAACAGUUUGGCCUCCAAGUUUUUCGAGCUCACCGUCAAAAAAAAAGUUUCCAUUUCCCCUUGUUACUUUCGUCCAGGUACUUUCUUAUCUACAAGGACUUGAGGGCUUUAUUAAAAGAAGAAAUGUCGGUCAUUCUAAGACCUCCGUUGCCAUAAUUUGUGUGAUAACGUUUCUCUUGAUUUUAUCGCCUUUACUGUUCCAAAGGAAGUCAAAAAAGAGAUCAUUUAAUUGUUUUAUAAUUUGAGCAUUGGUUUGAAGAGGCGACAAAAGAUGAAUUACUUGGGAGGCAACCGGACUCUUAAGAACUGUUAUUUUCCCGAUAAGGCUUAGUCUUCGAACUGACCAGCAGCCCAAGCAGUUCCGCAUUUUUUCUAUUUUCUCGACGAAGUUAAGUUUGAUUGUAGUUUCAGGAUCAGUUGAUAGCCAAACUCCGAGCACUUUAACCUUUGUGUUUUGCCAGUUGAAAUCUUUUUCUGGGUGCAGUUUAACACUUUUGCCAGCACAAGAGCCUAUCCAAAGAGCCUCGGUCUUUUUACUGUUUAGUCUGAGACCUGAAACUUUCUCGAAGCUUUCUAAGAUCCUUAGGGUUUCAGAGAGGGACUUUUCUGAACCGUCAAGAAUUAAAGUUGUGUCGUCAGCAUAUUGACUUAAUUUAAUCUCAGUAUCCUUAACUAAUAAGCCUUUUAUGUCUGCAUUUUUUCGGAUUGCUUUGGCCUGAAAAGCAACAUUCAGAUCUCCACGUGUCAAUAGUUGCCUCCGUACAGUGUACCUCUUGCAAAAAGAUAAUUGAUUGUUGUUUGUUUCUGAGCCAGUUGAAAGUCUCUCUUCUCUUGUUAUUGUUUCCUAUUCCCCUGACAUUCAUAGAUGCAAUUUUUAGUUCAGCCAUUACUACAGUUAAUUGCAAGGUAUUGUUUUAAACAGUAAACCAGCAAAGAUGAGGUGUUACCUGUUUGAUUUGCAUCUUUUGAGCAGAAGGGGUAUUUCGAAUGCAAAACUGUUUGGGUUGAUUUCCAUAAACAAACAUUUGUUGGGCGAAGUUUCAUAGAAUCAAGAUUAGAAGAUUUUUCAAAGAAACUAAUUAUAUAUCUGUAAGACACUUUUUCCCCGACCAAAAAAAAGGAAAACAUACAUGUAAAUGUACACACCAAAAGAAAUAAAAAAGAUCACUGACUGAGCGCGGCAUUUGUAUGGAAAAACUAGCUUGAUUAGUUUAGCUUCAGUUUCGAGAGUCGAGAAGGCAAGCAAAGUUUAAGAAAAGAGAUGUAUUCCGAACAGAAGCGAGUUUUCCGUCCCGUCCACCUAUCAUUAUUUCGAGUAAAUACAAAAAUCUUCAGGUGAAAUAACGGACAUAGUUUGUUAAAGAAAAAAAAAACUUAAAGUUAAAGCUCGAAUGUUUAAGACUUGUGUUAUUAAACUCACAGUUCUACUGGCAUUCCAAAAGGCCACAAUUUCCCUGUUAUGAACAGUUUGUCAAGCUGGGCUUUGCUGAAAGCUGCGGGAAUGUUGUUGCGUCUUGCCUUUUUGAAGGUUUCCAUCUGCGCUCUCCUACGUUCGACGAUCUCAAACGGAAGAUCUUGGUACAUUUUGUAGUUUGUUCCUCGUAGACGAUGUCCCAGCGAAAGAAGCUUUUCACAGUCCUUAUAUCGUAGGAAUCUAGCAAGUAUGGGUCUUGAACUUUCUCCUCUCUUUUUUCCUAGACGAUGAACUCGCUGUAUUUCAACAUUGGCAGCGUCGCCAAAACCCAAUUCCGUUUCCAGAAAGGUGCGCAGCGCCAUUUCCGUGUCCUCUUUGUUCGUUUCUUGUUCUGGAAUGUUUUCAAACUUAAUGUUUUCGCGCCUAGAAUAUGCUUCCAGAUAUAAGUUCUUAUCCUCGAUCAGUUUAAAAUUGGCACGGAGUUCAUCAUUCUCUUUCUGUAGGGCCGCUAGGCUCGAUUUUGUGCUGUCUUCGAGCUUUUGUAUUCUCUCGGACGUCGUCUUUUUAUCUGUUUCGUUUCCGUUUAAACUUUCCUUAAGAUCUUCAACAUCACGCUUUGUGGUAGCGUACCCAUCUUCGAGAGUAUGUAUUCUUCCUUCUAACUUCCCGAAAGACUUCCCGAACUUAUUCAUUGCUUCUUCGAUGGCAUCCAGCUUUUCAAGCUUCUUAAGAAUAUCUUGCAGUGGUUUUUGAAGGCCUUCAGCCGUAUUCAGACCCGAUAGAAUAAUAUCGUCACCUUCUUCUUCGCGUUCGUCUUCGGAAGAAUUAGAACUAUCACACUCUUUAAGUUUCUUUGGUUCUGGCGAGGUACCUAGAGAACUAUCGGAGGAUAGCUGUCUUGUUCUUCUUUUACUUAGCAACAGCUUAAAAAAUUCUCCCAUUAAAUCAUCCACGGCAAAAGAGUAGUGUUAUUAGGCGGACGGUCUUUCGGCACGUCUUCACAUCGCCAUUGCUUCCCAGUCUCCACUCACUCUUACCGUCUCUCGCACUGGAAGUUUAAAACCAAUGGGGUGUUCAGACACUAAUUAGCUUCAGCAGUCGCCCUUCAAAAAGGCUCCGUAAUUAUUUCUCGGUUCAGUUUUCUGAGAGUAUCACAACAACAACAACAACCGCCAAGAAAACCUUUUCUUUAUUUUCUUUAUUCAGGCAUUGAAGGUGCCUUCUAUGAACCAGGUUCAAAAACAGUCAUUCCCAGAAAGGUGCGUACGUGUUGCUUUUGUGCUUGUUUACGGUAUUCCAAUCAGGUGGCCGAUACUUUGCUAACUGCAUCAGGUAGAUAAGCUUGGAUACCAUUGCUACGAUUGACGACUACGCGAAUCAGUUUAAGAUACUUUGUGUUAAGCCUUAAGUGGAAAAAGCCUUUGAGCCACAUGUGCAGUCAACUGCGUUUUUAGCUUAUUGCUUUUUUGCAGGCUUUCAGGAAUUGUGGUCGUUUCGCCCGGACGAGAGUUCGCCCGAUGAAAAACAGCACUCUACAACACGGCUUAUCAGAGAUGCUUUUAGUUAAGCUUGGAUUCUAUCGCUGCGAUUGCUAAAAAAAGCUCGAGCGAUCUGAACGAACUUAUUGAUCUCGUUAAGCACAUUCGAGAUACUGAAACUGACUGUACAUAAAAACUGAAGCCGGUCUAUAUUUACCUCAGCGAUUGCGACGAUCGCUACGUCGAUCUUUCAUAUGUAUUUUGUGUGAAGUUUUCACUGAAAAAAGUUGUCGAUCCACAUGUGCAGGCACUGUCAUUCACACUUUUUCAGUUUUUCAGGCUUAAAGAACGACAAAUAAACAUCGGGCGAAUCGACUUACGUCCGGGUGAAUCAACCUCGCGCGAAACGCCCUGUUACCACUUCAAGAAUGACAAAUACUGUACUCAUCGGACAAAUCCUCUUAAGUCCGGACGAACUGCUGCUGGGUGAAACGACCCUUGGGCUAAACGAACUGAUACCGAUCAAAUUAUUUAUUGUGCUACAAUCCCCCCACCAUCGCAUACCAUAGUUUCUAUUGAAACUAACCCCUUCAUGUUUUUGUAGGUGGUUGGAAAGUUUUCAAUCCGUUUAGUACCUAAUAUGACACCUGAAACCGUCAAGGAACAAGUUUUGAAAUACAUCAGGGAACCUCAUGAAAAAAGAGGAAGCCUAAAUACUCUAAAGUAAGUAAUAAGCCUUUAAAAUUUCGUGAAAGAAUUUCAAGAAAUUCUGGCCGCUGUUUUAUGGAAGAUGAGCUGUGAAAACAGCUUAGCUUGUAACACACUUGUUUCACACCUGCGAAAUUUUAUCAUUUUGUUAGCUGCCUUUAUCGCUUUAUGAAUACCUCGGCCGCUUUCCUAUAUCUAGCGAAAUUUGUCAUAUGGCGUUGCGAGUUAUUGACGCCUGUUCAAAAACUUGCAACGCAGGAAUUGUGCUGGAAAUUGUCCGCGCAUCCAAGUUACACGGCAUCAACUUUGAACGCAACACCGUUGCGCUGAGCGAGGUCGUUGUUGCGAAUCGUUCUAUGUGACAUCAUCUUUAGCCUGACAUAUCUUCACAAUUUCGCGCAGAAUCAGACGCAAAAACCAGUUUGAUUAACCAGUUCAUUCUUUAAUUGAUUGACGAUAGUCGGUAGAGUUUUUAUUUUUAUAUGGAUCUUAGAGCAAGCGUGAUCUUUCCGAGCGUUGCUUUCGCUGCUUAGAAGGGCGCUCCGGAAAAUAUCCAGAAGUAAGGGGAAAAAUAAUGUAGGCGGCAGCAUGUUGGAUGGAAAGGUGCUUUUAUGUUGGGGGUAGGUGUGGGAAUAGGAAUGAUCCCCUCCCUCUCCAUUGAAGGUAUCUGGGGGCCUGGUAACAAUUUAGAAUUGUGGGCCUUGAAAAGUGAAUUUCAGUGCAUUUAGCGCGACCAGGGAAAUAAUGUUAGCCAUGAGGAUAGCAUCUUUAUUUACCCACAUUUGGUUAUACUUUAAAUCUUGUUUCCUUUCAUCCAACGAAGUGUGCGAAGCAAAUGCGAUAAAUUUUUUAUCCUCAGUCUCCUUAAAAAAGAAAAUAUAUAUUUUUUUUUUCUGUAAAUAGUGGCGCUUGUUCUUCCUUUAUUCAACUUUAUGACUAGACGACGAUAUUAGCCGGUCGCCGGAACUUUUGGAGAACCCCGUUAAAUCACAGAAGCACCAAAGCAUGUUCGGACUAAACAGAUUUCAUAAAUUACCUCAGCUAUUUGGGCAAAUUGUAAAAGUUCUCGACCGUCAAAAUGUUAUUCAUCACCAAACUUAGUCAAAUAUGAGUUUUGUAGCAAAAGGUACUCCACGUUAGAAAGGCUUGUGUUUUUAAUGAAGCAUUUAAAUGCUGCGAGUCUGAACACAGCACUAGUGUACAUCUAAUGGCGACGGGGGGGAGCAUACCACUACCCAGGAAUCUGGAGCAAUCUUGUGAGGUCCCUGCCUUUGCGCAUUGACUUACGGGGCUUAAGAACUUAGUUUAGUGUACUGUAAACUAAGACUAAUUUACUGUGCAAUUUUCAAACUUUACAUCGCCCGUUUCACUGGUAUUAUCACAAAUAGGUAUUUCAGUAAAAGAUUUAAUCGUGGUGUUGUUCCGAGUUACUCUUGCCGGCUCCAGGAGAUUAAGGCCAGGACAGAAUACUAACCGACAUUUUUCUGGUUUGGUCGCUUGCGGCUUGUAUUCAACGAGAUUUUAUCGUUUCCCUUCAAGAUUUAGCAAUUAAGUUACAUUUUAUUUGGUUAUGGUUUUGUGUCUGAGAAAACUGUAAAACUGCGAUAAGGUUUUUCAUUCGAUUACAAACUAAGCUUAGCAGCAUAGACGAGAAUUAACUUAAAUCUAUAAAAUUCGCACUGAUCGUUGCGUAAAUAAGGCCCUUAAACUUGAAAAGUGUGGGUGUUACACACGAUGGUACAAAUGGUCUUAGUGCGACCAUAUCAGUCGGGCGUUUAAGAAAAUACUGUGGUCUGAUGAAAAAUUUGAAGUAUUUGCGAGAACCCAGUAGGUCUUCAGUUGUUCGAAAAAAUCAUGUAAACAACCGCAACCCAACAGUAAGCGCGUCGUGUGACUGUUUUUCCUGCCAAAAAAGGAACUUACAAGACCUCUCCACGUGCGUAACAGGGAACUACAUUUUGAGUGAUGUGAGAGUGUUCGCGGCAAUUCGAUCACAGUUGAUGCACGUGACCUGACACUGUGCGUGACGCACUUUUAGGGUCUGCUUACACCAUAGCGGUCCACCAUGGGUUAGUGACAUCAACCACGUCAAUUAUCAAGCUGCUAGAAGAGCUUUGACAACUGGUUAGUAACUGUUUAAGUCUUUUUUAUCGCUAACGUAACUAAUACGACGUAGGAAGUAUGGCAGGCAACCCGUCCAACUUAUCUUUUUCGCUCCAUUCUGUACAGUAGAGAAGAGAAAGUGAUGACGUCACAAAAAUCAAAUUGGUGAAAUUAUGGGAUUUGUUGGCAUAUUUUGUAAGAACAAGAUUUUUUUGUUUUGCUGUUUUUUAUUUCAUUUAUUCCAAGGUACAACAAUUACAACAAUUAUCACAUAGCAUACAUGCACACACGGACUACACACCUAAACACACAUGCAAUCAUACAAUCCUGACCACAUCAGCCUAUUCCAGUGCUAUGCCUUUAUUAUUUAACAAGUGCUAUAGUGCUUUUCGAAAAAAGAACAAACUUAAUAAAUUACUUACUAAGUCCACAUGUAUAAAAAGUUUUGUAAAAGAAGAAAUAAAUUAGAUUACGAAGUCCACUUGUCGAUUGGUCUUUGUAAACUCUUAUUCUUAGUGCAGAAGUAGAUUUUUCUGUUUCAUGCUCAAUGUUUACUCCAAUUACAAAACUGUCUAUGUUAGGAAGCACUUAAUUUCUUCUACAACUCCAUAAAUAUAUUUUCCCCACGCGUAUAAGAUAGUUACGUAAGCAAGGGGCAUUCAGAAGUUAAAAUGUCAAUCAAAAUUUCCUUUAAAUUUACGUGAACUAGUUGUUUUCAUAGCACAAAAUAAUAAGAUUCAACACAUUUCCAAAAUGAAAUGAAAAGAACGAACAAGAUGAAGAAAGCCCCCUAGGUAAAAAUCAGCUUGUUAGUGGACAUUGGUGAAGAGAUAUAAGCACCAUUCUAAUGACUGCAUACAAAGCCUUCUAAAAUAGCCCGAGAUCGUAACCUUACAAUCCAGGGCUAUUUUAGAAGGAUUUCUAUGGAGUCAUUGGAGCAUAAUGGCGCUUAUAUCUCUUCACCAAUUUGCCCCAACCUGCAUAUUUUUUAGCAAGUUGACAUUUUUUCAUCGUGUUCUUUCAGAACAUGCCAGCCUAUCCCAUGAUUUCACAAAUUUAGUUUUAAUGAUAUCAUUACUUCUCUCCUCUCUACUAUGACAUCUCUUCACCAUCACACGUUCGAGAUGCGAUGGCGGGUCGUGGCGUGCACCAACCCGGCCAGAGUGUUUAACCCCCCUCCUCCCUUUCCAGCCUCUUAUCUCCAGCACUAGUCCCUCGUAUUCAGUUACAUUGUUGCUGUUUUUCUUUUUUUUUUUUUUUACACGAGUUUAAAGAAAGCCGUCUGUUAUUCACUAGUGGUGUAUUUUUGUGCACUUAAGUGGGUGGAACCCAUUUCCAUCUAUAGCCUGCACAUACUAUGUUAUUCUGCUAAAUUGUUGUAUCGUGUUGCUUAUCGCUAUAUUUCCUUUCAUUAGUUCAUGGCGUGCAGUCAGACAUGACUCGUUAUGGGUGUAGUAUCCCUGUGACACUAGCCCUGCAGAAUGCCCUGCAAAAGAACAUUGUUCUCCUUCCAAUCGGCGCGUGUGAUGAUGGAGCGCACUCCCAGAACGAGAAAAUUAACAGUGUAAAUUACGUUCAAGGGGUAAGUUUUGCUCGCCUUCUGCUCAUGAAAACAAUUUUAACAAUGCUUCCGCAUGUUGGAAGAGAGAUAGUGUCGCAACACAUCAGUUGA